AUGGGAUGGGCAUUAAGAGUUGCAAAGAAGAUGGGAAUCAGAACUGCAGCUUUCUGGCCUGCGGCAUUAACCUCACUAGCAAUCAAUAUCUGUUAUGAGAAGUUGAUCAAAGAUGGAAUCAUAAAUAACGAUGGCAUACCUCUAAAUGAUGAUAUGAUUCAGGUGUCAGAAACCAUGGCACCUAUAAAAUCAACGAACCUCCCAUGGAUGUGUGCUGGGGACGUGGCCACCAAAGAAGUUUUUUUUCAAUAUGCAAGAUUAGUUGCAGAAGGUGUCAUGUUAGCAGAACGAGUAAUAUGCAACUCAAGUAUUGAGAUGGAGCCUGAAACAUUCAACCAAUUCCCACAACUGUUGCCUAUAGGUCCUUUGUUAGCAAGCGAUCGACUUGCUAACCAAACAGGCCACUUCUGGCAAGAAGACUCCACCUGCUUAGAAUGGCUCGAUCAACAAUCAGCAUGUUCAGUUUUGUAUAUAGCAUUUGGGAGCAUAGCCAAUUUGAACCAAACCCAAUUUACAGAACUAGCCCUUGGUCUUGAACUUAGCAACAAACCCUUCAUGUGGGUUGUGCGAACAAACAUGGUCAUAAGUUUCCCUGAUGGAUAUGUGGAAAGAGUAGGAUCUCGUGGAAAGAUUGUGAGUUGGGCUCCUCAACAGAAGGUGUUGGCUCAUCCUUCAGUAGCUUGCAUUAUGAGUCACUGUGGUUGGAACUCUACUAUAGAAGGUCUCACCAAUGGACUCCCCUUCCUUUGUUGGCCAUGCUUUGCUGAUCAAUUUCUCAAUGAAACUUAUAUUUGUGACAUGUGGAAGAAUGGGUUGGGGUUUACAAAAGAUGAUCAAGGUAUCAUCACCAGAGGAGAAAUAAAAUGUAAAGUGGAGAAGCUCCUUGGAGACAAAUCAUUUAAAGAUAAAGCCUUAGAAAUUCAAGAGAAGGUUACAAGUAGUGUUAGACCAGGUGGAAGCUCCCAUCAAAAUCUUUGCAAUUUCAUUCAGUGGAUAGAAGAAAAAGGAUGCAGAUGCCACCAUCUCUAUGUGAAGAAUGUCUCAAACAUGAUUGAGUAUGGGCAUUUGGCAUAUUGACUUUAUGUGUUAACUUGUGUGUCUAUUUAUCUUCCUACUCAUUAGACAAGUUAAGUGUGAAAAUCGAAAGAGGGAUUAAAAGAGAGAACUAGUGCAUUUUCACAUGUUAUUAUUUUAAUUAUAUGAAU